AUGCACUUGAUGUACUACCUCGAUGCCAAUGGCAAGCGUAUCUACACGCUCAAGAAGCUGACGCCCGAUGGCGCCGUCACCAAGUCGGCUCACCCAGCCCGCUUCUCCCCUGACGACAAGUACUCCCGGCACCGUGUGACACUGAAGCGGCGUUUUGGUCUGCUUCUCACACAACAAGCCGCCGCCCCUCAAUAA